CUAUAAUCCAUUCUGUUCUCUGGUUUCCCCAAGCAAAAGCCGCCACGCCCAUUAUUACACCAAAAUGUCCAUGCGCACAACAAAGGCAACAAUGACAGAGCUCAAACUUCGUAGACUGAUUGAACACAACCACCGCUUAAGGGAAGAACUUGCGAGGCCGAGGGUGACGGUUAGUGUCGCCAGUAUGAAUCUGAUCAACUAUUGUCGAGCGACCAAGGAUCCUUUGAUCCCUUCUGUCUGGGGACCUCUUCCUAAGAGUGAUGACCCAUAUGCACCACUUGAACAAGCUGUCUGCUGUUCCGUCAUGUGAAGGAUACGCCAUCGUGACGCCUUCCUGGACUGCGUUCGCUUCUCCAUACCCUCCAGUAAUAAAGAAUUCCCAUCCUGAAGCCGGUCCAUCGUAGACGUGUGUUGUUUGUUGGUCAUGUCUGGUUAUAUUACGAUGUAUGGGUAGUAUCUUCAAAGUAUUAUCUAUGCAGUAUGUCCGA